AUGUUUUCCGCCUGUUACCAACCGGCCGGUUGUCAUGUUGCUUCGACCAGCCCGGCUCGUAUGCGCAGCAGAACAGUCCUUGUCGUGAGGCCAACGGGUGCAUGUCCGUCGUUGUCAGUUGACCAGCAGAAAGUCUACACACCCACAGAGACUCAAUGCCCUGACAACGCGUUCUGCUCAACUAACCGGCCCAGCAACACGUCUCCCGCCAUGCGAUCCCGAUAUGGUAAUAUCGAUUUUCGCCAAUCUACCCAUUUUCCGGGUGUAAACAAGAGGGCGGACAACAGAGCGUUUCUAACCGACGACGCCAUCGACAGAGUUGUCGAUUUCGGACGAAUUGUCUCCGUCGCUCGGCUCAUCCCGAACGAGCUGUCGGUCUUGGCGGAGAGCCCAUUUCGCGGCGGUACCGACUUCUUCCGGCAGUUUCGGCAAACACUCAUUUUGCAAGAGAAGUCAACUCGCCAUUGUCAAUGCGGGAGCCACGUUUGUCACAGCCGCAAUCGCACAACACACGACAAUUGGCCAAUAAAUGCCUCGUUUGGAGACCAUCUUCUGCCCCGACGUGAUUGGCGCGACCGGGUUUCGAGUCCCGAUCGGCUGCCCAGGCGACAUCAUUCAGAGGAUACAGGAAGAGGAUCUAUUUUGAGGAUGGGCAGAGACGAACUUGGAAGGCAUCCUGAAGACUUCUCACGUACUUGUGGAACAGUCUUCAUCUUCCACUCUUGCAUCACCGUGACCGGAUUCGCGUCUGCGACCGAGGCUUGGUCCAUGCGAUUUCAGGUGCAGUAG